UUUUAAUUUCCAAACAGAAAAAAAUUAAAAAAAUAAUAUAUAUCGGGGCUUGACCCAAAGCUCCAUACCCUCAAAGAAGAAGAAAACUUCGAAGAAAAAAAAAAGGAGAGAGCCAUGAGUGGAAACAACGAUGGAUUAACCCAUAUCAACAUCCCUCCCGGUGACGGUAGUAGCUACGCUUUGAGUGGCAAAAUCAUGCUCAGUGCCAUCGUGGUUUUGUUCUUCGUAGUGGUACUUAUGUUUGGUCUCCACCUUUACGCACGUUGGUACCUCCUCCGUGCUCGCCGUCGUCAUUCACGUAACCGACGUCGUCAUCGCCGUCGAUCACAGCUGAUUUUUUACGUAGACCCCGACGUUAAUGGUCCUCCCGCCGUGGCUUCACGUGGACUAGACGCGCAGGUUCUCAAGUCGUUACCGGUUUUCACUUUCUCCUCCAAGACACACCCGGAAUCUGCCCUCGAAUGUGCUGUUUGUCUGUCGGAAUUUGAAGAAAACGAAUCGGGUCGGGUAUUACCCAAAUGUAAACAUAGUUUUCAUUCAGAGUGUAUCGAUAUGUGGUUUCAUUCUCACUCCACGUGUCCUCUUUGUCGAACCUCCGUUGAAGGAUCCGUACCCGUUUCUGAUAACGCGGGAGAUUUGGUUAUUACGAUUAAUGAACCGUCGGGUGGAGAGUCCGGAUCCAAUCAAGAACCCGAUUCGUGUCAGCACGGGGAUGGUCGGGCCGGUUUGUCGGUGGGGAGGAAGUUGUCGAUCGAGGUUCCUAUAAGGAAUAUUGAAGGCUUCGUAGGUGAGUCGAGUGAGUGUGAGUCGGGACCGAGUCAAUCCUAUAAAUCACCGAUGAGUCGAAUGUUGUCGUUUAAGAGGAUGCUGAGUAGAGAUUGGCGAGGGAGUGGGACGAGUUCUUGUCCUUCGCCAAUAAACGCGGCUGUAUCUGAGUCGGAUUUGGAGCGAGGUGUGGACGAUUCUCGGCAAACUCAGAGCUGACUCGGGGAUUGACUCAGAUGCGUUUAGCCACGUGGCUGACUUUUACCUUAUCGAAGUAAAAGAUGACAGUCCACUCGAGGACUUUGAGGGACAUAAUCCACAAGGCUCUAGGUUAUCAGAUUGCUUUGGAUGUACACGUGGCAUGUUUUGGAUCGUUGAUUGCCGGAAAUAUUUUGAUUGUAAAAUAUUGUGUUUGUGUAUAAAUUUGAUCAAAUUAAAUUAGUUUUUUUAUUUA